AUGAUCAUAGCACGAACAGGCCUCUCCUCCCGUUCAUCGCUCUUGCUCCGUCUUUCGACCACCACCCCCCGCUAUCUCUCGACACACUCCCAGCGGCCGCUCGUCAACUAUAAACCGUCAAAACUGCCCCUUGCGACUCUAGGAGGUAUUCGACUCGCAGCAAGCCAAGUCUCCAAUCGCCCUGGGUCACAGUCGAUCCCUCAUGCCGUUCAAAAUAUUCGCGAGGAGGCUGGACACGCAAUUGAAGACGUCGCGCAAAAGAUCGCGGCAGCUCCACAGCCGUUCGGCUCGACAGCCCAGGACUCUCCGCUCAACAGCGGCUUUGUGGGCAUUACGAGCGCUAUUGCGUCGGCUGUUCCGACCCCUGUAAUGGUAUUUGGUCUCGCUGGGAGUCUACCAUACCUUGGGACGUCUAUUUAUUCCGUCUACCUCGCAAAUCAGGCCGGUCAGGCUGCUUCAGGCAUAGCGUCCAAGAUAGAUCCUGGCCUUGCUAUGAGUCUUCUCGAUCAAGCCAUGAACGUUCAGGUUACUUACGGCGCGGUCAUGUUGGGUUUCCUGGGUGCUAUUCACUGGGGUCUCGAAUUUGCCCAGUUCAAUGGCUCCAAAGGUGCCCCGAGACUACUACUCGGCAUUGCGCCAACAAUAGUUGGGUGGGCAACGCUUGGUCUCGAUCCUGGACUCGCUCUGGUUGCACAGUGGGCUGGCUUUACUGGGCUUUGGCUCGCCGAUAUGCGAGCAACUGCAGCCGGGUGGACCCCAGUCUGGUAUUCUCAGUAUCGCUUCUACCUCUCCAUCCUCGUCGGCACUUGCAUUAUCGGUACUCUUGCAGGAACUUCCUACUUUGGACCGACUCAGUCUCAUUCUGCGACACUUCGCGAGCUGCAUGCUCUCCGUCAAGCCCGUGAAAGACGUGUCAAGGAGGAGAUGAACAAGCCUGUAGCACCCGGUGAAGUCGGUGGUGUGAGUGGGGAGGAAACAAAUGCCGAUGUGUUCGUUUUGAUCAAGCAUGCGCCCGAACCAACGGAGAAGGACAAAAAGAAGAACGAUCAGUAA